UUGCCACACAUCAAGGCACUGGGAGCGAGGCCAGCCAAGCCCAGGCGCCCUCCUGUCGUGGAUCUGGAGAAGUUUGGUGCGUCUGCACAUCCUGGGGCGCCCAUCCACCCUGCCACGGAGCCACCAAGGGGUGCUCAGCUGGGUACGGCCACAAGAGUAGAGCUUCUCUUCCUUUCCUUUGGGGAGCUGCAAAACUGAGCCACCUCCUGGGCAAUGAUGCUCCUGAGCACAUGGAGACACCUGGGAUUUGCCCUGACUCGGGUACAGGUCACCCCAAACCAGGCAAUGCUGCAUCAGCCCCAGCACGGUUCCCAGCACAGGAUGCUUCAAGUGUAACAGGGGCUGAAGAUGAGAUAUAUGAUGAUGUGGAGCCUGCUGGGCUCAUCAGGAGAGCCCAAGGCUUCCCGCUGUCCCCCACGUGCCAGCCGCCAGCAGAUCCCUGCCCCAGAGGAGGUGGAGACGCUGGUGGAGGCUCUCCUGGGUUUGCCUUGCUGGCAGCUGCACAGAGAGGAGCCCAGCUCCCCCGGCAGAUGAAGCCAAUGACACUCAAGGACUGCAAGAAGGAAGAGAAGGCAGACAGGGAGUUCCAGAAGAAGUUCAAGUUUGAGGGAAGCAUCAAUGUCCUGACCCAGAUGAUGGUGGACCCCGCGGUGACGGAGAAGAGGGGUGGAGGGAAGAGCCUGCCGCUGAGACGAGGGGAAAUCCUUGAUGUGAUUCAGUUUACAAACCAGGAGCAAAUCCUCUGCAGAAACAGGCAGAGGAGGUAUGGCUACGUGCCCCGGAGCGCGAUGCUGCACCUGGACACUGACAUCUAUGAUGAUGUUGAGAUCUACGGGUGAGGAUCCAUGGUACAAGACA